GCCCAGGACAUCACUCCUGUUAUUUUUGACUCUUUUUCCUCUACUGUCCCAUUUCGCAAUUCCCUUUUCUUUUCCGGGGUCUCUCUCUCUUUUUUUUUUCGGUUCCAUUUCGACCUUGUUAUUCCCUUGGGUUGAUACAUACUUCACUUUAAGAGGCUCUUUUACGCUCUGGCCCUACCGACGCGAAUACAGUGCCUGCUCUCACUAUAUCCGCCACUGACUGCUCCCGCCAACCGUCUUUAUCACUCGUUAUCUACCUACCGUUGCGGCUGUUCCAAUGCUUUUAUAUUGCCCAGGGCUAACGAAUUCUCUGCCGUCUGGUCGCUCUACCCCAGCUACUGCCGCUACCGCUGCCCUGCCGCGGCUGCCCAUAUCCGGCCGUUAUUUCCAGCGCCGCCCACUGCCAUCAGCCGAGUUCCGGCAACAUAAAAUCAUUUCCGCGUCAGUUUAAAUCAGCAACCCGUAUCAGCUCAGAUUGGGAUUCCAGUCAUUAUUCCCGGGGUCUUCCGCCUAAACCUAAAGUUAUCCCCAGCCCAGAGCGAUCAGAGCUCCAGCUCCAGCAAUAGCUAAAGCUCCAGUCCCAGCUCCAGCUCCAGCUCUGGAUCCAAUCGAACUUCUUUUCGGUCCAGGUAAAUCCCAGAUCUCAGCCCCAUUUUCUCUCAGAUCCAGCUCCCACUCUCCAACGUCUAAUUGACGCGCCUGUAAUAUCCUCAAAAAAGGCGCUCAUUCACUGGACCGAAUAUUUUGGUGAACUUUGUAUCAUCGUCAAUGGAUCUAUCACAGCGGGCGCUUCCGCGUCACACUCAUCACCAACCACCACCAUCUCUCUCAAAUCCUUCGCCCUCGCAUCUGCCGCCUCAACAUGCUACGUCUACGUAUAGUCCCGGUCCCGUUGCCUCGCAUCCAACUCUCCCUCUUCCCGGAACUCACCCACCAUCCUCGGCUUUGACACCGGGAUCGGCCUCAACAUCCCCUGCAUCUAUCUCCCACCGUUUACCUUCAGCAUCAGCUUCGACGACAUCAAGGCAUCCUGCCGGCGAUUAUCUCCCUGACGCGGAUGACCAAGACGCGCCGACACCUGUGGAUGGAGAGGAACCUCCAAAAAAGAAGCAAAAGCGCAACAAACCAACUCUUUCAUGCCAUGAAUGCGUAGAGCGCAAGACCAAGUGUGACAGAGGCCGACCUCAUUGUCUUGCUUGCAUAAAACGACAAACUGAAUGCCGAUAUGCCCAUGUUGCAAACCUUCUCGAGGAGACCACCAGGUCAGCCGCCAAUGGCCGCCGUAUGACGAAACCCCCAAAGAAGAAGUCUGGUUCCAGUGGAAAAUCCCCCAUCCCAAAUAUUGCAGAUAGGGGUAUGUCGAAUGAUCCCAGGGCAACCUCGCGUGGCGCUGUUGCACUCUCCAUCGGCCUUCUAUCCAACGUCCCUUAUUCCUUGCCUUCUGCAAGUAAUGUUUUUGGUAUCGGGUCUGAGCACCCAUUUGCCAACUACUGGACCUGUGAAGGGGGCUUGCCGGAGGUUAUCUCAGUGCUUCCAGACAAGAUUCAAGCCGAUAUACUACUUAGCCGAUACUUCGAAUGCGUUGACCCUGUGUAUCCCAUGAUACAUCGCCAGACUUUUUACGCGGACUACGAACACUUCUGGCAGAUGAAUCAGCAAGAAAAGACCGAUACAGAUCCGUCCUUUAUUGCAUUAAUCUUUGUCAUGCUGGCCCUGGGAACUCAGUUUGUAACAUCGACUACAUCCCCUCAGGAGCGAAGGCAGACAGCAGAGUUCUAUGCUUCGGCUAGCAACCAAGCUCUCCGUAUCGCUUCAUAUCUCAGCAGUGCAUCGUUAAGGUCAAUCCAGGCUAUGGUAUUGCUGGUUUACUUCCUUAUCAACGACAAUCAUGCCUCAGAUGGAUGGGCGUUUGCAGGUAUUCUCAUUCGGCAAGCUUAUGCUAUGGGUCUUCAUAGGGAUCCAAAUAUUGUGACUCCAAAUGCCACCUUGUUCGAAAAGCAGCAGCGGCGUAAGGUCUGGCAAGCGGUACUUCUCCAAGAUACUUUCUUGACCGUCUUACUCUCUCUGCCACCGUCUGCCACACAUACAGAUGUUUCUGUUGAAGAUCUACUCGACGAUGGCUCCUCGAUUGCAAAUAGCGACCCGACAGAUACGGCAUAUAUCCGAGGCUCUUGGACUUUGGCCAACUUGGUUCAGGAGACGAUUUGCUCGCCAAGAUCAUUGGACCUACCAAUCUGCACUACGGCAAGGCACAAGUCUAAGUUGAUUGCUGACUUCCGAGCUGUUUACCGUUCAUUCCCUGAUGUCUUCCGGUCUUGGGAUCCUGAUAGUAUCACGGCGCUCGCAAAAACUAAUAAGAGGGUGGUUCGUCAGACCCUGUUCUUGACGAGCAACUACUUCCAUAACUUGAUGCUUGUUCACGCUUCCGAGAGCCCCGAUGUUCCUGUCAACGUUCGUGGUACAUUGGAGGCAGCACACGACGCCAUUACAGCUUUCUUCCUUCUUUUCACCCUUCUUGAGAUAGAAGCACGUGUUUGGUGGGUGUUCAAUCACCGAGCUUUCUUGGAGGCGCUCUGUAUCGGAAAUGUCCUGAAGGAGGCUGCUCGAGAACCAGGUGGUACAGAUAUGAUGGCAAGAGAUCCUCUCCUUGUCAGGGCAAAAGCUGAUAUCACACGCAUGAUCCAGAUCAUGCAGGUUAUGGGCGAAGACUCUGAGGUAGCGAGGACUCGAGUGCAGGUUUUGAGUGACUUUCUGGUAUGAGUGAGGCAGUGGUCUGUUUGUAUAAAAGUGAUCUGGUUGACGACUGAAUGAGACGUGAAGCAUAUUCAGGGGUAGCAUUGGUUUAGCACGUCAGCAGAUAUCUAGCAAGGCAUGUACAUACCGAAGGCCAUAUUGUUUGAUAUUUAAGCUGCGAGUUUUGAAUGCAUGCUAGAAGAUAAAUAGAGCUUAUCACAAUAUAUGCAUACUAGAAAGAGUAU